AUGGCGGAGCUUAAUUCACAGUUCCUUAAGAAUGGAUACUUGCUCAUGUUUGGAGAUUCUCUCUCUUCCUCCCUCUUUCAACCGUCUCUCCUUCCGUUACCUCCCUCCCUCCCUCCCCCUCUCUCUCUCUCUCUCUUUCUCUCACACACACACAAACACAUGCACCACUUUAUAUCUCCUUUAAAUUCUCUCUUUCUCAUUCUCCCUUUCUCUCUCAGUCAAACCUCUUUCUCUCUCACAUUCCAUGUCACUUUUCUCUUACAACCCCUCUUUUUCUCAAUCGUAUUCUUUCUCACACAAAUAUUCUCCCUUUCUCUCGCAUCCUCUCAGUUUCUCCCAUUCCUUUAUUCACACACACUCUCAUAUUUUCCCUCUAUUUCUCUCACUAUAUUUUUCACUUUCAACUUUUGCUCUCUCUCUCAUUCUCUAUCUUAUGCUUCCCUCUCUCUCUUACUCGCAUUAAGACUCUAUCUUCCCCUCUCUUUCAUAUUCCCUCUUUUUCUCGCUCAGGAUCUCUGUUUACGUUCCCUCACGCUCUCAUUUCUCUUUCACACAGAAUCUUUCUCUCUCUCUCUCUCUCUCUCUCUCUCUCUCUCUCUCUCAUACACACACACACACACUAGCUCAUCUUUUCUCACUCACUUGCAUUCUCUUAUUCUCUCUGAUUUUCUUAUUAUGUCUUUCACCCAAAGCUUCUUCCAUUUUCUUUUUCCAUCCUUUUCUCUCUUGCUUUCAUUUAAACGCUUCUUUCACUCUCAUUAUCUCUUUUUCCUACUCUCUUUCUAUCACUACAUUCCCUCUCUUAUACUCUUUCUUUCUUUUUUUCUCAUUCACAUCUCUUUCUUUCAUCCAUUUAUAUUUCUCUCUGUGUCUCUUUUACUCUCUCUCUCUCACCUUCUCAUUAUCUCUCAGCCACACACUUUUUCUCUCUUUAAUACUCUUUUAAUCACAAUCUCUCUUUCUCUAAAUCUAUCUUUCGCUCUAUUUCUCCCUCUCUUCCUCUCAAUCAGUCGUUCUCUUUUUCCUUCUAUUAUGUUAUCUCUUUCCCUCAUAUACAACUCUGUCUCGCACUCUCACCCUCUCUCUCUCUCUCUCGUUUCACAUUCUUUUUUUUUUCUCUUUUUUCAAUCACCCUCUCUCUUUCCUUCGCUAAAAUACGCUCCCUUUCUUUUCUCACUCUCUCUCUCUUGCCUCUCUCUUACUCUCUCUCUCUCUCACACACACAUACACUUUCUAUCUAAUACAUCUCUCUAUUUUUCGUCUUUCUUUCUUUCUUUUCCAUUCUUUCUUUGUUGUCCCUCUCUCACUCUUUCUUUUUCUCUCCCUAUCUCUUCAUUAGUCUUUUUUUUUGUUUCUUUCUUUUUUUAUUUUUGGUUUUCUUAUUUCUUUCGUUCUUUUUUUGCAAUUUUCUUUUUCUUUUCUUCUAAUUUUAUGUAUAGAUCGUUUACUUUUCUUAUUCUUCAUUAUUUUCCUUUUCUUUCUCUUUUUUUUUUAAUUUAUUCAUUUAUUCAUUCUUUUCUCUCCGUCUUAUUCUUCCAUCCUUUAUAUUCUUUUUUUCUUUUCUUUUUUUUUUUUUCUCUCUUUCUUUCACUUUCUUUCGUAUUUUCUCUUUCUUCCAUCGCAUUUAACAAAUUUUCUCUAUGUCCUUUUCCUAUUUUUUUUUGGGGGGGGCGGUUGGACAAUUUUCUGAAAAUUACUUUCUUUCCAUUUCUUUCAUCUCUUUUGAAUAGCCUCCUAUAUUUUCAAUCAUUCUUUGAUCUUUUCCCUCUAUCUUUUCCUCACCUUCUUUCUUUCUUUUUUUCUUUCUUUUUUCUUUCUUUUUUAUUUCUGGUUUUCCUUUCUUAUAUGCCUUUUAUCCUUUAUUUUCUUUUCGCUAUUUUGAAUUUUUUUUUUUAUAAGAUCUUUUCCUUAUCUUUUCCUCACCUACUUUCUUUCUUUCUUUUUCUUUUUUUUUUUUCUUCCUUUAUUUCUUAUCUUUUCCUCUAUCUUUUCCUCACCUUCUUUCUUUCUUUCUUUCUUUUUUUUUCUUUUUUUUUUCUUUUUCUUUUUUUUUCCUUUAUUUCUUAUCUUUUCCCUCUAUCUUUUCCUCACCUUCUUUCUUUCUUUCUUUCUUUCUUUUUUUCUUUCUUUUUUCUUUCUUCCUUUAUUUCUUAUCUUUUCCCUCUAUCUUUUCCUCGCCUUCUUUCUUUCUUUUUUUCUUUCUUUUUUAUUUCUGGUUUUCCUUUCUUAUAUGCCUUUUAUCCUUUAUUUUCUUUUCGCCAUUUUGAAUUUUUUUUAUUUAUAAGAUCUUUUCCCUCUAUCUUUUCCUCGCUUUCUUUCUUUCUUUCUUUUUUUCUUUCUUUUUUCUUUCUUCCUUUAUUUCUUGUUUUCCUUUCUUAUAUGCCUUUUAUCCUUUAUUUUAUUUUCGCCACUUUGAUUUUUUUUAUUUAUAAGAUCUUUUCCCUCUAUCUUUUUCUCACCUUCUUUCUUUCUUCUUUUUUCUUUCUUUCUUUCUGCCAUUUUGUUUUUAUGUUUUCAAAAAAAACACAAAAACGCUUUUUGUUUUGA